AUGUAUACUUGUGUUCCUUUCAAACAAGUCGACGUGUUCACUGCAGCACCCUAUAAGGGCAACCCCGUCGCCGUCGUAAACUUGAUGGAUAAAGAUGAAUCUGAAUAUUCGACCGAAUAUCUGCAAAGCAUUGCGAACUGGACAAAUCUUUCGGAAACGACUUUCUUACUGAAGCCCACGAAACUGAACUGCGACUACAAGCUGAGAAUUUUCACACCUGCUUCGGAAUUACCCUUUGCCGGCCAUCCUACCGUUGGAUCGUGUUGGGCGUUCCAUGAAUUUACAGGCAAAACCGGUAAUUCUUUAACUUAUCAAGAAUGUGGCUUGGGAGUCGUCGAGAUUACUCGCACGGGCGAAACGUUACUAUUCAAAGCCGCUAAAGCUGACAUUGAGGAAAUUUCACAUGCUGAAGUCGAUGCCUAUGAAGAAGUUUUAAACACAAAAUUUCUGGAGCCAGCAAAACUCCUGCAAGUAGGACCCAAAUGGAUUGUAUGCCUGGUCAAGGAUGCUGAGAUCUGUUACAACUUGGAACCAGAUUUCCAGAAGAUGAAAGAGUACAAUACUAAAUUCAACGCUACCGGCCUCAUUGUAGCCGGCAAAAAACAAGGUGAAGACGCCUACGAAAUGCGAGCAUUUGCUCCUGCUGAGGGUGUGUCUGAGGACCCCGUAUGCGGCAGCGGUGCCCUCGCUCUUGCCAGAUGUCUACAAUCUGUUCACAAUUUUCAAGCUACUUACAGUUUCAAAAUCUACCAAGGCGGUAGACUUGGAAGAAAGGGCCAAAUAAAUGCCAUCAUAGAACAUGUGGAUUCGGGCAUUAACUAUAAGGUUGGUGGACGAGCCGUGACCGUUGUAGACGGUACUAUAAAGUUUUAA